CAAAAGUCGUAGUACACAGCGAUGAAUCCUGUGAUCAUAAUAUUAGCUAUUGUCACUGCAACUAGUGGUGCUGCUGUGGGUGUCCCGGUCAGCAAAGAUGACACCCAACCGACGGUGAUUAAUCAAUCUAAUAAUUACAGCACGAAUGAUUUCAGCUGGAGUUAUGAGUUGAGUGAUGGCCGUGAGGUACGACAAAAUUCAUACGUCAAGAUAUUGGACGAUGGUACCGAGGUGUUGGUGAUCACAGGUGCUUAUACUUAUGUGGGCCCCGAUGGUGUAAAGUACACUGUGAAUUAUUUUGCCGAUGAGAAUGGUUAUCAUCCAACUGUGACUAUUGGUGAUGAAAUGCCAAAACCUGUCGGAAUCGAUAACAAGGUUCUGUUAUCUCUAGUUGGAUAGUUAGUUUGCUACACUCCCUAAGAGGUUAAUAAAUCUUUAAAUCUUCUGCAAUCG